ACCAUGCCUAUCACUGAAACUUGUCCACUGCCUACUGAUCUGCCUCCUGUUUCUCUUCCAAAAUACGUUGAAGAGGAGGGCCGCCAGCAACAAUUCAGGCAGCUAGCAUCCUUAUCACCAACUGAAAAGGAUUGCUACCCUCAAGCCAGUGAAGCAAUAACCAUGCCCUCUGUACUUAACCUUGAAUCUUGUCCAUUACCCACUGAUCUACCUUCUGUUUCUCUUCCCAAAUACCUGCAAGAAGAAGUUCUAACCCAAGAACACAGGCAGCUUAUAGCAUCACUACCAACUGAGAAAGGUUGGGUUGCAAAUCACCUCCAUCAAUAUCAAGGUUUUUGGCACACUACCCGUCAGUUACUAGCGGUCCUGACUUGCCAAAACCAAUUUCAAGCUCAGGAUACUGAUAUCCUUCUUGUUACCACCCCCAAAUCAGGAACAACCUGGUUGAAGGCCAUUGUUUUUGCCUUGAUGAAUAGAGUCCAAUAUCCUAACCCUGAAGUUGAACACCCUUUACUGGCAGAGAACCCUCACGUCCUUGUGCCGUUUUUGGAGCUUAAGCUCUACAUUGAUAACCGGGUUGCUGACUUUACAACAUUUACUUCUCCAAGGCUAUUUGGAACUCACUUGCCCCUUGGGUCAUUGCCAGACUCGGUUAAGAACUCGGCUUGCAAGCUUGUGUAUUUGUGUAGGAAUCCAAAGGAUACUUUCGUAUCACUUUGGCACUUCACGAACAAGCUGAGAACCAAGGAUAUGGGUGAAAAUUCCCUAGAAGAUACCUUCGAUAAGUUCUGCAGAGGCGUGUGCCUGUACGGACCCUUUUGGGACCAUGUUUUGGAGUAUUGGAAAGAAAGCUUGAAAAAGCCUGAAAGGGUCUUGUUCUUGAAGUAUGAGGAAAUAAAAGAGCAGCCGAAAGUUCAGUUGGUGAGACUGGCUCAGUUCCUGGGAUGCCCAUUUUCCUCGCAAGAAGAGACGAAUGGCGUGGUGGAUGAGAUACUGAAGCUAUGUAGCUUUGAUAGUUUGAGCAAUAUGGAGGUGAACAAAACUGGAAAGUUAGCCUCCGGCGAGGAGUACAAGGCAUUUUUCAGGCGAGGUGAGGUUGGAGAUGCUAAGAAUCAUUUGACCCCUCAGAUGAUGGAAAAGCUAGACCAAAUUACUCAAGACAAGUUGCAUGACUCUGGGUUAAUCUUUUAGGUCUCCCACCUAGCUCGCCUGAUUGUCUCUUUUUUAAUCUGAAGUACCUGGCUUUUCAAUAAUGUCUAGGGUCAGUUCAUCAAAAUUGACCUCCAUUAUCCUUUGUGCAACAUUUCUUUA